AUGCCCCUCUUCAACAACACCAACAAGGCCUCAGAAGGCGCCCUUAGGAAGAUGGUCGGCUUCACAACUUUGCUUGCACCUACAGACAAGGGCUCCCACUUCCGAAUGACGCCGCAAACACCCCGAAUCAACAUUACCAAUGUCGAUGGUGCUACCGAGCCCUCAUUCUCCUCCGUCGACACCAAAGACCUCCACACCACUUCCUCGGACCCUCCCGCGUUCGACGGCAGUCUUGCCAUCCAGAACCGCCUCAAGAAGGUCUUCGACGACAUCCGAUCCCGCCGUUCCUCGAUAUCACGCUCGCCGUUCGUCACUCGCGAGCAAUUCGUCGCAUUCCUCGAUUCUGUGCAGGGCGAAACCGAUGCCGACGAUGUCCUGCCCGAAGAUAAGGAGAGAUACACAUGGCCCGAGUUCUUCGAGUUUUGGUGGAAGAAGUACGGCCUGGAAGCUACCCGACCGUUGAAUCCGGACGACAAAGACAUCAGCCGACCGCUAUCGAACUAUUUCAUCAGCAGCAGUCACAAUACUUACCUGGUCGGAAACCAAUUAGCUUCCACGAGCGACCCAGAGGCUUACAAAACAGUCCUCCGCAAAGGUUGCCGAUGUAUCGAGAUUGAUGUGUGGAAUGGAGACACUCCGAUCACGACGGGUCAGGAGCGAAGCCGGUCGCCCAAGCCUGAGCAUUCCCGGAACCUUUCUGGCUCAUCGUUCCCCAAUGUUGCAGCUAGCCUGAAGGAGCAUGUCGAAGAGCUGAUCGGCAGCGAGCGAAGCAUACACGAGCAUAGUCACAGGAGGAAUGCCAGUGCAGCCAGCGCAGCCACUGCCAGCAGGUCCUUGGGACCAUCCGACAGCACCACUGUUCUUGGCCCGAGUGCCUCGGUCGAAUCUCUGAAUGAAACUCUGCGACCUACAUCACCCACGCCAAGCAAAUAUCGCCCACCGUACCCGAAAGAUGAACCCAUCGUCACCCAUGGUUGGACCUUGACAACUCCUUGUGGGUUCCGGGAAGUCUGCCAGGCCGUCCGCGAGUCCGCAUUUGAGACCAAUGAACUACCACUUAUUAUUAGUCUCGAGGUUCACGCGGAUAUUGAGCAACAGAAUGUCAUGGUCAAGAUCAUGAAGGAAGAGUGGGGUGAGAUGCUAGUCGACAAGUCGUGCGAAGGCAUCGACCCACGCUUCCGUCUUCCUAAACUUGAGGAGAUGAAGAGGAAGAUCAUGAUCAAGGUCAAGAAGGCACCUCACAAGAUCGAGGUGCCUCCCAGCACUACGGCUUUAUCAAUGGUCCACGCCAAUGAUGAGGAUGCCUCAAGCUCUGAAGACGAACGGACCAUCGCACCGGCGGCGGCCCCGGUCCAACAUAACCCCAAAUCCGACAUCGCCACGGCACUGAGCAACUUGGCGAUCUACACGCAUAGUGAGCACUUUAAGAGUUUUGAGACGCCUGCCGCUAAGAAGCCUGGACACAUCUUCUCGAUAAGUGAGAGCAAGAUUCUCGAGCUUCACACGACCAAAGCCCGCGAGAUGUUCGCUCACAACAAAAACUUCUUCAUGCGAGCUUUCCCCAACGGCACCCGCGUUGACAGCUCAAACCCCGACCCCAGCCCAUUCUGGCGGAAGGGUGUGCAGAUGGUCGCCCUCAACUGGCAGUACCUGGACGAAGGCAUGAUGCUGAAUGAGGGCAUGUUCGCAGACGAGCUGGGCUGGGUUCUCAAGCCCGUCGGAUACCGCAGCACUGACAAGAGCACUGAGACCGAGGUCGAUGCCGCGCCGCAGGGUGACCUAGAUCUCGUCGUCACAAUCAUCGCGGGUCAGCAUAUCUGGGUGCCUAGCUCAUCGGACAGCGACAGUAGCCGCAACGGCAAGAACCUACGCCCUUUUGUCAAGUGCGAACUCCACGUCGAGAUUGGGGCAGUCAAUGGAAAAGCAGCCGAUGAAGACGACUUCAAACUCAAGACCAGUUCGAAGAAGACGGACCACCCUGAGUGGGAAGGUGGAGCGCGACUGAAGUUCCCGAAAGUCUCGAGAGUCGUGCAGGAGCUCAGUUUCGUCAGAUUCAAGAUCGAGAACGAUCCACUCCUCGGCGGCGACGAAUUGCUGUCAUGGGCGUGUAUCCGACUCGACCGUCUUCAACCUGGGUACCGUUUCAUCAAGCUCAUGGAUACCAAGGGCCGCCCGAUUGAAGGCGGCAAGCUCCUGGUCAGGAUCGACAAGGACGUGCGAUGA